AUGCUAGCUUAUGCGAUCUUCUUGUACGUAACAGAAAUGCUGUUGAAUACGUUUGCUCUGGUGGUGCAUAUAAUGUUUUUGUUCAUUUUGUCAAAGACAAAGUUGUUUUUGAACAGUCAGAGGUAUUACAUAGGGAAUGUCAUCUUGGCCAAUAUUGUUACUAUCGUAUUUCGGUGAGUAAAUUGGUUUAUGAAGUUAUUAGGUUGUUCAAAUAGCACAGGGACUCUUGACACAAAAAAUUGUUUUGAGAGAGGCACCGAAUUAUUUGAACGACCUAAUAUUUCUGGAAGUUGGAGGGGGGUUAGAUAGUAACAGUGGUUUUGAUAAAGGAGCAAAGGCUGGGUAAGGUCUUGUUAGUUCAUAAUAUUGUUUCAGCUAUCCUCAGUUAGUCCAAAUACUAGCAGAACAACCACUGUAUUCAGAUGAACUGAACACUGUAAUAACAGAAGUUCACAAUUUGGCUGACAGUGCUGUCACCAACAUGUUGGCACAGAUAACCAUAUUUGUAGAUGUAACUGUUGUCAUUAUGGGUAGAGAUGAAACCGCCUUAUCUGUAGCAAUAGUUUUAUGUGUUUUAAUGGUAAGUGCUAAAUACUAUGAUGAAUCUUUACAUUUAAGUCUAAUAAAACUUGACCAAGUUACGAUAUAAGAAUUACUGUAUUUUUUGUAUAUAAACACUACAGUAUUUUCUUUUCAGUGGGCUGUAGGAUACUAUAUCUAUACGGUAUAUAACUCUAUGUUUGAAGUCUUGGAAGUUCUCAAUUUGAUUUGUUGGUUCACCUUCUUUGGACUGAUCUACAUUGGUCGGACCAAGUAUCGACAGCUUACUAAUGGUAAUGUCAACAACAAAUACAAAGUAAGGAAGUACUGUGUUAAAAAAAGUAAUUUAUUAUGAAAGUACUGUAUUAAGACAGUACUGUAUUUCUUCAUUUCAAAACUAGGCACAUACCAGAGUUCCACAGUUUUUUAAAUUAGGCUGAUAAUAAGACGAUUGAAAUGUACUUUUAUAAAAUGUAAAUUGUAGCUGAGUGUAUGCCUUCGUACCUUGGCGGUACUCAAAGUAAUGGCAGUUUGUAGUGCGAUAAAGAACUUUGUUUGCAUCAACGACAUUCUAGUACUAAAUGCUUUCAUACGACCGUAGUAAGUGUACCUAUCAGGUUGUUCAAUUAAUUCUGUGCCUCUUGUCAAUAAUUUUUUUUUGGAUUAGGAGCACAAAAUUAUUUGAACAACUUCAACUUAUUAAAAAACAUAAUUAAAAUUUCCAGUAUAUUUGAAAGAGUACAUAAUAUAGAGAAAAGUAUAUACAUAUUUGAAAUUUACAUUAACAAAAGUAUGAUAUCAUUUAAUAUGUUAUCAGAAAAAAUUUGCAGUAAAGACGUCUUUGGUGAACAAAUCGCUAGUUUUGUCUACGACCUCACACUCUCUGUGUAUUCGUCAGUAGUGCCAUUUCUAAUGAUAUGGAGCCAUGAACAAAUGAAGAAAACGUAUGGGUGAGAACCUGCUGCGUUAUCUAUAACAGCGUAGUAUUAGUAGCAUUAACUCUAGUAUAAGUACCGUUGACUUUAAUAUGAUUACUAUGACCUAUAAUAUGAGUACUGUUACCUCUACCUUAACAAAACUUGUCUUAUAAAUCAUAUAUAGCUAAUGAUGAUGACUUUUCAGUAGAUUAUACUCCACAAAUGGACCAAAAUUAGAAGUUGUGUCAAUCGAAAAGAAGCCGCGAUUUGUUGCCAGGAAUGUUGUUGGCGAUGUGAUAACACACCUGAGACCUCAAGAAGAAGAAGCACAGCACUUUGCACAUUUGCAAAGCAGUUGGAAUACUCUAAGAGUACCAGGACGACCUAUUAUGGUGCAAUAA